GAUGUUAAUGGCGCUACAGUCAAAUAGGAAAACGCCGAUCUAAGUCUCAGUGUAGAACGAUAAUAAUAGUAAUUUAUGAAUAAGGAUAGGCAUUCGUUUAUUGAUGGACGUGUGGUUCAUAAACCUUUUGAUUUCAUUUUUGCUUAUAAGCAUAGGACACAUUUCUUUUUCCCAGGUUUCCAAUGCAGAUGAAAAAUUUAGCAGUUUUUUCAAAAGUAGUCACACCAACAACUGGGCUGUCCUAGUGUGUACAUCCCGGUUCUGGUUCAACUACAGACAUGUUGCUAAUGUUCUUUCCUUCUACAGAAGUGUGAAAAGACUUGGGAUUCCUGAUAGCCAGAUAAUACUGAUGAUCGCUGAUGAGAUGGCUUGCAAUGCCAGGAAUCCUCGACCAGCUACCAUCUAUAAUAAUGCUCAUCAUCAUAUUAAUGUGUAUGGUGAUGACGUAGAAGUAGAUUACCGAGGAUAUGAAGUGACUGUAGAAAAUUUCAUCCGACUCCUUACUGGCCGACUUCCACCAAACACACCAAGAUCUAAACGUCUACUAACUGAUGAACACAGUAACAUUCUAAUAUAUAUGACAGGUCAUGGUGGAGAUGGGUUUUUAAAAUUUCAAGAUGCAGAAGAGAUCACAAAUGUAGAAUUAGCUGAUGCAUUUGAACAGAUGUGGCAAAAAAGAAGAUAUCAUGAAAUUUUUUUCAUGAUUGACACUUGCCAAGCAGAAUCAAUGUUCCAGAAAUUUUAUUCUCCUAACAUCCUGGCAGUGGCAAGCAGUCGGGUUGGUGAAGAUUCUCUAUCACACCAUGGUGACUCAUCUAUUGGGGUCUAUGUUAUUGAUCGCUACACUUAUUAUGCUCUGGAAUUUCUUGAGAAAAUCAACCCCGACAGUGCAAGCAACAUGGCAGAAUUUCUCAAGGUUUGUCCAAAACGAGUUUGUAUGUCAACUGUGGCCUCUCGAAAAGAUCUGUUUCGCAGAGACCCAAAAACUGUUCCACUAACAGACUUUUUUGGAAGUGUUAGAAAUGUUGAAUUGACAUAUACUACUGUCGAUCUUCCUCCCUUAUCAGCUAAACAAAAUGAUACCAACCAUACAUUAAGAAGUAACAAACCACAAUUAGAAGAAAAACAAAUGAAGUACUAUGUGGAUCAGUUUCCAGAAUGGGUUUUCAAAGAAAAUGAAAUUUAACUUAUUUCUUUAUCAGUUUGGUCACUGUAUAAUGAGAUAAACAUGGACUACAUGUUUCAAUCCCUCUAAAGUAAAACUGUUUAUUCUUAAGUACUUCUAUUUCUCUCUGAUAUAUAAUAGUUUGAUGAUUAAACAUUUUCACUCUCAAAAAUGAAUGUCAACCAAACUAUCUUAUCAAUGUUUAUUGGCUUAUUUGAAAGGUUUAGUUACCUAGAGAAAAAUAUAUUUAAAUGAGAAGUCAAAAAUUACUUUUAAAAACCAAAAAAAAUAUUAAAAAGCAAAUUAAGAUUUAUAAAAUAAUUUUCCCAUUUUGUUAAACUGUAAAUUAUUAAUAAGCUUACUUGUAAUGAAAAAAAAAAAGCGGAAAGUAGAAUUAUGGUGCAGGAAAUAAGCAAUGUAUGAUAAUCAUUAUUCUUUAUAGCCAUAGAACUUGAUUGUUUUAGUAAUGCAUUUGCUAAGUAUACAGAUGAAAAUUUCUUUUCACUCUUAUGAUAGGAUGAACUUUCUACUGGAAGUCCAGUGUACAAUCUCCACAUAUGUGUAAUACAUAUAUAUAUACCAAUAAUGGACUGUACAUUAUAAAUUAAUGCCAUUUUUCUCAUUUCACUGAUUCCAUUAUUUUUGUUAAUAAAGCCAUUUGUGUCAAUAUAUAUAUAUAUAUAUGUAUGUGUACUGUUUAGUAGUUUUACAAUUACCAAUAAAUGCUUGGGUGAACUAAAUUUAGAUAUAUGAUAUGUAUUUUUGUUUGCACAAAUGCUUUAUAAGAAAGUUCUUCCUUUGAAACUUUAAAAUUUUUAGAUUAAUUUUAUUCACUACUGUCAUUUGAAGUAGAGAAAGAACAAGGUUUUCUUGGUGUUAGUGUGUCAGAUAUUGAAAAGCUGGCUCUCACGUGGACCAGAAAAAGCUAAAAACAUGUUUUAAUUUAUUAACACCUUUAUCAAAGGUUGCAUUUAUGUCACGUUCCUAAAUAAAAUUCCCCAAGUUUGAAAACUAUCUUUCACUUUUGAGGAUUACGAAGCAAUAAACAUUUAAACAUGGAAGAAUUUUGCUUACUAAUUAAGGCUCUGAAUAACAGAUGGCACAACCCUCCCAUAGUCACACUCAACUAAUUUAAUGCAGAGGUCACUCUAACUAACAAAUCUGUUUCCCAUUUCCUUUAUGCAUCUAAGAAAACAUAACUAUAACACUUAUAUUUAGUUUAAAAGCCAAAAUAUAAAGGUCCAUAUAUCUUGAGCUAAUAUGAUGUGGGGAGAGCACAGCUUUGCAUGAAAUUCAAAACAAAUCAAACCAAGCCUUGCUAAUGCAGGUGUAGACCCAAUAAUGGGUGUAGCCAUACCUAAUAAAUGCAUCACUUUUAAGUAUAGCAACAAGCCAUUUUGUAAACCCCAGAGUAUUUCUUUUAUCACAGUAACAACAUGAUUUUUCUCCAUCACUUAGAUAUUUCACGUGCUCCUGUACUAAUUAUGUAUGCCUUACAAUAUUGCAAAACUUAGGUUGCUUAUAGAACACUAUUAUUAUUGUUUAUCUAGCUUGUAAUUACCACCUCAAUAUCAAAUUAAAUUAUAAUGAGAAAUUAAGAUUAAAUUAAGAAAUGUUGACUAAUUAAUUUCAAAGAUCAUCUAAGAGAGAGAGUAAUCAAUUUGAUCAAUAUUUUCCACAGAAUGACACACUGCCUUAUAAAGUUAGAAUUUUUCUCCCACACAACUUAUAUAAAAUACAUAAAUGAAAGUGACAAUUAAUGAAUUUUGUUUGAAGUAGUAGUUAUGAUAAAAUUAUUAUGAUGAAUUUUUAUUUCUCCAAGAAAAUUUUGCCUCUCAACUUGAACAACUUCUAUAGCACCUUACUCACUUAGACUGUGAGAAUAAUAAGCUUUAGUUAUUAACGUUUUUCUGUUUAGUUUUUAUAAAAUAAUAAGAUUCCAUCAAUUUUGAAAAUAAUAUUUAUUUAUGAUUUUUUUUAUAAAGAAUAUCUUGUUUUAAUAAUUAUUGUUACUAUUGGAAACCUUACUAUCAAAUAUCUAGUUUAUUAGAAUGCCAGGAUGAUCUUUGUUUGCUUUUACACCAAAGUUUAUCAGACUCUAACUUGUGUCUCCCGAAUGAGUCCACUGACAUCUUGAUAUAGAUUUUUUUAUUUGUUUUUGAGUUGUUUCUUGUUCUUUUUAUAAUUUAUUUAAGUAGAAAGUGAUGACAUACUUAUUCAGUUAUACGACAUUCAAUAAAUUUAUUAGAUUUUCAAAACAAACUUUGUGAAGUACUAUAUAGAAUAUUUGCUAAACAAAUCAGUAAGAGUUGGGGAAAGACAACUUAACUGGAUUGUAGAGUGGCUGGUUAAGAGAAAGAAAAAUUUCAUAUAAUGUAUUAAUGGGGUCCAGUUAAACUGGGUAUUUAUUACAAGCAGUGAGGCUAUUUGUAUGGGUGGGCUAGACAAUUAAGAGUUAGGACAGUCAUUUAUUGUAAGAUCACUAACUGAAAGGAAGUAGUGAUCCUUGAUUUUCACUUGCUUAUGACACAGUUAGGAUUAUUUGUUGAUCAUAAGAUUAAGGGACGUUUGCUUUCUGAGCUAUCAAACAGAGUUUCAUUAAAGGAGAUAUCUAUUGGAUAUGAGAUGAUAGUUGCUCAAUUAUCAGGCUGCAACAACUGAGCUAAUGGAUAUAAUGUGUAGUACAUCAACAGUUUGUUCAAUUGAAGAUGGUAGCUGUGGGAGUUUGAAAACUCGGUUGAAAAGUGUUCUGAGCUAGUAGAUAAUAUGGUAAAGUACAAUUUAUGCACUACAUUGUGCGAUUACCACAUGAUUACCUGAAACCAAGACAGAUGGAAUGAAUAGAUGUAAUACAUAGAAUAUUAAUAAUCUGAACAACUGUCACUAGAAGUUCUAAAACUCAGCUGAAGAGGCUAUGCAACUUUUUGUUUUCUGGGCUAACGAGCAGCAUUUAAUGAUAUAAUAUAAGGUGUACAUGUUGUGAUUGCCAUUUGAUUUAAUUCAUAAGUUAGGAUGAUUAUCUAGUUGAAAAAUUGAUGACUGAAUGGGCAUUGUAACUGCUUUCUGAGCCAAUGAGUGAAUUUUCUGAUGUGAAACAUUAUUUGACAUCUUGAGAAUAUCACUCCCUUGAUCUAGCUGAAUAGCAAGAACUCCAUGGAGCAUGCCGCAUAGUACUUACUAGAUUCUCCCCUCCAUACCUGGAGAUUACACUGAUUCCAUAUGCAUUGAGAAAGUUGUGUUUCCUCUGAGUGUAGUAGUAACAGCACACGUAUUAAACCUGGCUGAUGAGAAUUAUAGUUGUCUUAGUUUGGUUGAAAUCUGCCAGUGAUUGUUCAU